AUGGUUUUUGCAGCUAUAAUAGCCCUUAUUGUGGCAGCUCAGGCUGCAGAUUUAAAUAUUACGUGCAAUUUGAAUUUGUGCCCUUCUGGCGUUGUAAGAAAAACUUAGAGAGGCGACAAUUACUGCGAUAAAGAAUGCAUGUUUCCUUACUGUGGCUACGAUUCUUCUAUCGUAGGUGACUCACAAACUCAAAUUUUCGGCUCAGACUGCAUCUGGCAGUGCUUAUUCUACAAUGGAUGCUCUUCCUCUCAUCUCGGGGACGGAAACUGUGAUUCUGACUGCAACAUAAGAGAAUGUGGUUAUGAUUUACCCUCCCAUAGAAUUUUCUAUUAUUAAAAAUAUUUUAUAAUAAUUUUCUUAAAAUUAAUCAAAAUUUGUAUAAAGAAGUGUUCAAUAAAAGCAAGCCAAUAGGCUUGCUAUUUAUUACUCAAAGAGUUAGGAGACUGUGGGUUUUGUGCUGAUGGAUGUAAACUCUAUUUAGGCUAUGAAUUCAUGUUAGGUGGGGCUUGUGACACAGCCUGCAAUGUUUCUUCUUGCUAUUAUGAUCUAGGUGCUUGUGAUACUUGUGCAGAAAAUUGUACUCUAAAUAUGACUGGGGAUGGAUUCUGCGAUCCUGAGUGUGACAAUAGUAAUUGCAACUAUGAUUUUGGAGAUUGUGAAGGCAAAAUUUGUGCUAGUGGGUGUUAUAACUAUAUGGUUGGGGAUUCCAUCUGUCAAAAAGAAUGCCAUGUCGAAUCAUGCAACUAUGAUAAUUUUGAUUGCGACUGCUACCCUGGCUGCACUACAGAUCUGUUAGGCGACGGUAAAUGUGACUCUGUUUGCAACUCUGAAAGAUGCAAUUACGAUAAUUAUGAUUGUGGAGACUGCGCUUCUGGAUGUUAUACAAGUAUGCUUGGGGAUUUGGAAUGCAAUGAAGCUUGCAACAAUAAUAACUGCAAUUGAGACUAUGGAGAUUGUGGCUGUGCCGAUGGGUGUGCCUUAUCAGAUUAUGGGUCCUGCAAGCCUGAGUGUUUAGUAGGAAAAUGUGCUUAUGACCAGCUUAGUGAUGACCUCGACAAGCGAUGUCAGGAUUAUACAUUGGUUAUGUUCGAUCUCCGGCAAAACCUGCUCUGGCACGAUUUUGACUUUCUUCCUGGCUACAACUGAUGCGAAGAAGAUUCAUGGAAAUGGGAUGAUGCAACUUGGCAGUGAUAUAAGUGUACCGAAGAAAUGGCUUUUGAUUAUUAUAGCUGCAAUAGUCUUUGUGAAAUAAAAUCCUGCAUAUAUUCAUGGCUAAAUUGCUGAACUGAGCAGUCUCUUUAUUGUUAUCAGACUGGCUGUGAGUGGUGCUAUGGCCCAUACUAUGGGGAAUGUUAUCAAUGCAAAGAAGGCUACUUUCAGUGAUAUGGGUACUGCAGCUUGAUGUGUGAGUAUGGCUAUGAGCCGCGACAAAUUAUGGACAGCAAUACUGUAUGUCUUCCUUUUAUAGAUACCUCGACCCCUGAAAAUCCAAAAAUCUUUUAUGCAACUUCUAUCAAGUCUGGGGAUACCUCAGGAGGAGAAGGUACAUUGGAGUCACCUUUUGAGACAUUUGCAACUGCUUUGGCCAAGAUCCAGCAUGCUUAUUCUAUUCUUUACCUCAUCAAUGAUGGGACUUAUGAGUGGGCUCCUGUGGACCAUCUUUAUAUUAUUUCAGCGUGGGUUUAUGAAGAAAGUAAGCCACUUAAUCAUGGAAAUAAUUAUGAUACUGGAACUUUGAAGUAUUUAAAAAUUGCUAGCCUUGAUGGGAGCAUCAUUACAAUUAAAACAGCCCUUGAUAAGUGGAAUAUCCAUAUAGAAGCUUGAAGCGGUCUCCAAAUAGAAGUGGAAAACCUAAUUAUUGAUGGCUACUACACACAAUCAACUUGUACAGGCUCAGAGUACUGCGAUUAUUGCCCAUAUGUGGAACAGCAGAUUGAUGCAUCCUAUAAAAAUGACAGAGGAGAAACCAUUUCAAGCAGCGAGUUUUUGCCGUCAAGCUACUGCAAAUGGUCAAGCAAUGUUAACCUUUUUGGAGUUUAUAAUGGAGCCUCCUUGACUUUGACAAAUGUGACCUUCCAGAACUGGAGAACUGGAUACUAUGCUAUCCUUGAAAGCUGGGGAGGGUCAAUCACCUUAACCAAUGUAAAUUUUGACAAUAUCUAUAUAUACAGCAGCGAAGCCGCAGCUGUUAUUACAGUCCACGACUGUGGAGACAGCAGCUAUAACUGUGGCUUUAUUAAUUACACCAAUGGGAACGUGACAAGAAUCAACAACGGCUACGAGUAUGCCGACCCUAUCGAUUUCCGAGGCUUCAUAUAUGCAGAAAGAACUGGUUAUGUAAGCUUAAAAAACAUAAAUUUCAUGAACAAUUUUGUGUCAAUCCAGACCUCAUCCUCCUUUACGUCAGCGUCUCUUAUCGCGCUAAAGGUCUUCAGGUACCUUGAAAUUGAUAAUUGCAACUUUAAUUAUAAUAUCGCUGACACAGGCAUUGUGAGCAUAGCUUCUAAAGGACUGAGAUUUAAGACUGAUAUUAAUGAAAAUAAAGAGCUUAUUGACCUAUUGCUUAAUCAUGUACAUAUACAUGAUUCUAAAUUUACGAAAAAUUAUGGAAAAAAUUAUGGGAUUCUUUCGGCAAGCUACCAAGGGGAGCUGCAAAAUAUUAAGUUAGAAAAUUUGGUUGUGGAUUCGAAUGGUGUCCAGAGCGGGCCAUUGAUUUAUGUGAAAAAUAAUGAAAUUAAACAGGAAUAUUUAGUAGAUAUUACGAAGCCAGUUACAUUGCCAUCAGGGCAGAGGACUGCAGCUGUUUAUAAAGCGAGGUGGUUCUCGGCAAAGUAUAUUGAGUUCACCAAUAAUUAUCAAGGAGGAGCAGGAGUGCUAGAUGUCAUUAAUUUGGUUAAUUUAGAAAUAAAUGACAUUUUAAUAGACUCCAAUGGAGCUCCUGCAUCAGAAAAGAAAUCAGUGAACUCCGUCAUACUUGACUAUUGGAUUGAUAACCCAGACAUCUACAUUAAAUCAACCUACACCGAAGCUAAAACAAUUGAUUGCAUUUCUAUGGCUUAUCUCUCUGGCAUAGUCAAUGCUUCUAUUUUCAACAUUAACUUGACAAAUAACUACUGUCAAGAAAACUCACCAUCUUUUUGGGUCUCCAAAGUCAAAAACGGAGGCAUUUCUUAUCUAAACUGCACAGGAAACCAAGGCUCAGGUGACAAUCCCCUCUGCAUUAAUGUAGAGGGGAAUAUGAACCUGACAGUCUCGAAUUCUGUUUUUUACGAUAACAUAAACCACUUAUCGUCAGGAGUCGGAGCGAUUGGCACCACAAUUGACCUUUUGAACCUUACAAUAGAAAACUGUAUUUUUAAAUCAAAUAGUGCUGGAUAUGGUGGAGCUUUAUUAUUCCAAGGACAAUACCUCAAUUUGUCAAAUCUGCUUUUUGAGACAAAUGAUUCCCCUACUCAGUUUGGAGGGGCUGUUUAUGUUUACCCACAGCUUAUUACAAAUAAAAGCGGAGUUUACAUACAGGACUGCGAUUUUAUUAAGAAUAAAGCCCUCAGCUCUGGAGGAGCUAUAUAUAUAGAAGAAGCCAAUUUGGGCUCGUCAAAAAUUGAUUUUCAGAUGGCAAAUUGUCUGUUUGACGGAAACAGUGCUAGUAGUGGCGCUGCAAUUUUUAUUGAAAAAACAGCGGCCCUGUCCCAGAGUUCAACUGUUUCGAAAUCAAAAUUUAUUAAUAAUGCAGCUUCUGCACUUGGAGUUUUUUCAGCUUUACAUUAUAACGGAAUCCUCACGAUCUCUGAUUCUGAGUUUUCUAAGAACUCUGCCAAACUUGGAGCAGCCAUUUAUAUCAAUACAAAUGCAGACAGCGGUUCAGUGAAGUCACAAACUAUUGUAAAAUUGUGCAAGAUAACUGAAAAUUCAGGUGACUCAAUUGUCUGUAUGGACGAUCUCAGCCAAUAUUCUUAUUUAGAAACGCAUGAAUGCAUUUUUGACUCAAACUCAGGGACUGCUGUAGCGCUGAAUUAUGAUCACUGGGUUGAUUCUGGGUCUGUUUUUAGGUAUAACUCUGCAAUCAAGAGAGGGGGUGCAGUAAGCAUGCAGAACGAAGCACUUGGAGAGUCAAAAAAUGCCUUAUUUUUUAACAAUACAAAUAGAGGGACUGGGGGAACGGUCACUAUUAGCAGCCAAUCUAUUUUUAAAUGCAACACUUGUAAUUUCACCAAUAAUUAUGCAGGCAACUCUGGCGGGGUCUUUUUUGUCGAACAGAACUCUUAUUUUGCCAUACAAAACUCAAUUAUAACCAAAAAUUCCUGCAUGAAUAAAGGCUCUGUCAUGUACCUUCUUGGGACCUCUUCAGCGCCUUCUUAUAUAAACUCUACAGAUAUAUACAGAAAUUAUGCCUCUGGAGAAGGGUCAAUUGUGCUUUUAGAUGCAGCAGUCUCUAUUUCUAACUCAAAAAUCCACGAAAAUGAAGCAGAAAACACGAGCCCCGGAAUUCUCUUGACCCUUUCCAGCGCCACUAUCUCUGACAGUCAGAUGUACUCCCAAACCGGAAAGCAAGGCUGCUUUGUGUACGUAUCCACUCAAAGCUACUUGGCUAUUUCUAAUACUGAUUUUACAGACGGCGCUGCUUCUGGCUCUGGUGGGGCUAUUUUUUCGAUUUCCAGCACAAUUAAUAUCAAGAACUGCCAGUUCAUGAAUAUAUAUGCCAAUUCAGAAGGUGCCAUUUUGGCGUACUCUGACUCUAUCCUUACCAUUCAAGGGUCAAGCUUCUGAAACACCAGCUCUGAUACAUCAGGAGGCAUUAUAGGCGCCUCUCAGAGCUCCAUUUGAAUCCAAAAUUCAAAUUUCGACAUGUUUUCUCAUUCAGGGAUAUAUGGAGAAAAACUGCACAGUCUGUCUAUUUAUGACUCUCGCUUUGAUGACGGCCUUGGAGUAUAUGGAGGGUCUAUUUACUGCUCAACAUGCAGUCAAGUCACCAUCAAAAACAGCGAAUUUUCUAACUGUAAUGCUACUAUUGGUGGAGCUGUAUAUUUAGUUACACAAUCAGAUUUAUUAAUCCAAAAAACUUAUGUUAUAGAAAACUCCAAAUUUAUAAAAAAUUCAGCAACUAAUGGAGGAGCUGUCUAUACAAAUAACGUCAAACUGUCUGUCAAAAAUUCUGAAUUGAGGGAAAACACAGCACUUGCAGCUGGUUCAACACUUUAUAAUUUAAAAUAUGGCGCGUUUUAUUUUUUUGGUCUCCCGACCAAAAAUUCAUCUCUUGAAUAUUUUAAUUAUAAGGUAGGUUUUCCUCUCAGCUAUGUCAGGGAUGCAAGAGCAGGGAGGUUUUUUCCUACCUGACUCAUGACCUUAGGAAAAUCGAAUUUUCCAGAAAGGUGUGAAGACUAGGACCUGACAGCAGGUAGAUAGACUGAGAUCAAAAAAGAACUGUGGAAGCCCAAACUUCAAGACUGCCGUCCUCAUCGUAAAAAAUGUCAAGGUAGCAGCAUUUUGGGGGCUGGAGGGAGAUGGUGCGAAUUCGCCCCAGAGUAGUUUUGAAGACAGCUGUGUCAGCAAGCAACUUGCUAGUGUACAUAAAAAUCUUAAUAAUUUUAAUUGAAAUGAUUCAACGCUUGUAGGAGGAGUUGUACAGUAUGGGAUUGGAGGCGGGCUCUGCUUGAACUGCAGAGAUGUGGAUAUUUGUACAUUUAAUUUGACAAAUAAUCUUUUUAUUGAAAACGAGGCAAGCUAUAACGGGGGAGCUUAUUCUUGGAAUGAUAUUAUGCCUUCAGUGUCUGGGAACACUUUUACGAAUAACUCAGCUGCAUAUGGCUCUGAUGUAUCGUCAUAUCCAAUUUCAAUGGUUCCUAUAGACACUUCUACAGGAAAUUCGACAAGAAGAUUAGAAAAUACCCCAGUGAUGGCAAGCUUAAAUGGGAUAGCCUCAGGGCAGAUAACGUCAAUACCACUAUCUAUUGCCCUGAUUGAUCAUGAUGGGAAUGUGGCUAAAACUGAUAACUCAAGCCAAGCAGAGCUUCAGCCAACUGACAGCUUGACUACAAUUGGAGGAAUUACCAAAGUGAUAGCUGUACAAGGAGUUUUUUAUUUCAAUGAAUUUAUUAUUGUUGGCACCCCAGGGAAUAAAACUCAAAUAAAGGUCUAUACGUCUGCAAUAGACGUCUCAAAAGCAGAGAAAGCUCAUGAUAACGCGGUUUACAAUCAAGAAAUUUUUAUUAAUGUUGCAUUUAGGCUAUGCCAACUUGGAGAAGCCACUGUAGGGGAUAUAUGCAAAGUCUGUGAGGCAAACUACUACAGUCUAAACCCUAAGAACCCCUCUUGUCUCGCUUGCCCUGACGGCGGAAUUUGCUAUGGAAACUACACGAUGGCGCCUAAGUCUGGAUACUGGAGAGAUAACAAGUACACAAAUAUCUUUUGGAAGUGUCCGAACUCAGAUGCAUGCUUAGGCUCAACCAACCCAAACAAUAUCUCUUACACAGGUGAGUGUUCAGACGGUUACAAAGGAAACAUUUGCCAGUCUUGUGAAUAUGGCUACUCAAAGACAGGCUCUGACACCUGCAGUCCUUGCCCAGACCAAGUCACAAACAGUAUGAGAAUUUUUGGGAUCUUCAUCGCUCUUAUUAUCCUCGGAGCAAUUAUGGUCAAAUCUACAAGAGAUUCUGCCUUUGUUCCAAAGUCCCUCACUUCUGUGUAUAUCAAAAUCUUUAUGAACUACCUGCAGCUUGUUACACAAAUAAAAUGGCGACGACACCGACCCGUCCUCUCCCGGAACUGUGGCGAGAUUGGGGACCUUGCUGCGGCCUGAAGCCAAUCCGCCCAGGGAAAGGCCUGGAAUGGGUACUGGUAGUUUGUGUCCGGCUAAGUUUCCCUCCCAGUCCAGCAAAGACGAUCCUAGGGUCGUCCCGAUAGGACACAGGACAAAAAGGGUUUUUCCUCUAGGGACUGCUAGUGUCAAUUUGGAGGGCAUGGCAGGAGCCAACAAGAGCUAAGGAGUUAAUCCUUAGCUCUAACCCUAGUCUGGCGACGUGAAGCACGGUGACCCAGUCCGCCUACUUCCGGGAUAGCAUGACCAAGCCCCAUGACCGGAAGGAGCUGAGUUGUAGCCUGUGGCAUUUAGGUGCACACUGGGAGCAGGGCAAGGAAAGCAAGCGAGGUGUCCAAAAGGUGGAAGAAAAGGGACCUUUGGUCCUGGCCGGGAGCUACUCUAUAAAUUUAACUAAGACUAAGACUAAGACCUGCAGCUGGUUAUGCUUGUGACGACUUUUAACCUCAACUGGCCAAGUCUAGUUCUACAAGUCUUUUCAACACAAAACAGUGCUGGGUCAGUCAGUGACCAAGUCUUUUCCUUUGACUGCUUUUUGCAAACCAGUGAAAGCGACCCAGAUCAAUACUACUUCAACAAGCUGAUACUUAUGAGUCUGAUGCCGAUUGGAAUAUCUCUACUUGCUCUGGUCAUUUGGGUUUUUAUCGACCUUAAGCGUAAAAGUUUUAAGCAUUUUACGAAUGACUAUGUGUCUACCUGCAUUAUUUUGCUAUUUAUCGUGCACCCGAACAUUGUAAAGAUGAUUUUUGGGUCGUUCAAUUGCAAGCAGAUAAAUUCUGGAGAGUAUUGACUCAAUGACAACCUUGAUAUAAGAUGCUGGAGCAGUAAGCACUUAUUUUAUUUGUUUAUAGUUUCUAUUCCAGCUGCUAUAGUUUGGGGAAUUGGAAUCCCAGCUGUUUGUUGGCUAAAUCUCAUGAAGAAUAAGAGAAGACUGAACGAAUUAAGCGUUAGGCUUAAAUUUGGGUUCUUUUUUAAUGGGUAUACGGCCUCGUGCUACUAUUGAGAAUUCAUUAUUUUGUAUCGAAAAAUAUUGAUUAUAUGCUGCUCGGUGUUUCUGGCUAAUAUUUCAGUCAGCAUUCAAGCGCUUACAGUAGCGAUCGUACUUGCGACUAGCCUUCAUCUGCAGUACAGGUACCGGCCUUAUAACGGAAGACCUUUGAACAAAAUGGAGCUUCGGUCUGUCCUUGUAUCCUCUAUCACCAUUUAUUGUGGACUUUACUACCUAACUAAUGAUCUAGACGACUGGAGCAGCCUCAUUUUCUUUUUACUCAUUGUCAUAAUGAACCUCUACUUCUUAUACUUCUGAUUCAUCAAGAUUUUCCACGCAGGGCUUCUCAUGGUCCGUGAAAAGAUCCCCUUCAUACGAAAAUUAAUGGGCCACAAACCUGAUGGCUUUGACGAUGAAAUAUUCCACAGCCCAAAGAAAGGCCACGUGUUUUCAAACGACGGGGAAAAGAUGUUCUCGCUGCUACAUAACAUGAAAGAGACAAAAGAGCUCCCAAAGCCUUUUGACCCGAAAUACACCAUGGCUGAUAUGUUUAUAAGUGUAAUCCCAGAAUUUGAGGCGGGAAAAGAACUCUCAGUUGGCAGCUAUGAGAGCCAAGACUCGAUCUCUGAGUACCAGACGAGUAGUGUUUUUGAAUCAGAAAGAGAAAGACAUACAACGUCUACACUGCAUGAGAUGAGUGAAGAAGCAAGUGAUGAGGACAGUAAAGAGCUAAGAGGAGCGGAAAGUGAAGAAGAGAUUGAUGAGAAUGAGAUUAAGCCAGAGAUAAAUGACUCUUCAGUUGAGGAGAUAAGAGUUCCUUAUAAUCAGUAUGGCAAAAGAAAAAGUUAA